GACAUCGCUAGAUUUCACCCCGAAAUUUCGCAGUUCACCUUAUAAACAAAUCGUUCGUUGGCUGAGAGUUGUAAAGUUGUAACCAGCGGACGAAGCAACGGGAAUGUGCGCCAUCGUCGGCAUUUCGAUGACGAAUUUAAUGACCUGAAAACGGAGGCCAGAGGACGAAGACAAAAAAAAUAGAAAAGAAAAAGCAUCGCGAAUCACUUUCACACACUGCUUAGAUGAAAAUUGAAACAGCCGACAACAAAGCAACGUCGACAGCGACGCUGACUGAGGCAGAGGCUGAAGCAGAAGCAGAAGCAGAGCCAGUGGGCGCAUUGAUUUCAUUUUCAUAAUCAACAAAAUAUCACAAAAAAAAAUAAUAAUAAAAAAAAUACAAUAAAAGCAAACCGCAGAGAAGGUAACCCCCGUCGAUGGUUUCAAUGAAAAUCGCAUAAUGGCAACGGCAUCUGAAUCGUGUGGAGCACGCGAUUCAAACGACACGGAGACCGAGGCAGAGGCGGCGGUUCACCUGGAGGCGGGGCAGUCCGGGGCAGCUGGUCCAUCAGCGGUGAUGGCAGAUUCCCAGCCCGCAUUGGAUGCCGAUUCUCUGGAGGCGGAGGCGGAGGCGGAGGCAGAGCCAGAGGUGGAGGUGGAGGUGGAGGCGGAAUCCGAGUCCAAAACCCGUGCAACUGGAGAUGGGGAUGCUGCCACUGGAAGUGACCAACAAAGGGAAAAGUAUGUCGCAGCUUUUAACUGAAAUUGAAUCAAAUUGUUAAUCCCCAUUAGCAUAGUCCUCUGAUGCCAAAGACACUGAAAGAAAAGCUUUAAUUUAAAAUAUAUAAGACUAGGAGUAUGAGAAAAAUAUGUCAAAAAAUAAAUCAAAAUAUAUAUUUACUUCUAUAGUUUUUAAAUUCUAAAUUAUUGUAUUAUAAUAUUUCCAGCAAUUGAAUUAAAAUAAGAAUUUAGAAAAGAUUAAGAAUAAAUUAAUUUUUAUUAAUUAUUUCAAUAACUUUUUAUAUAAUUUUUGUUCAAAAAUCAAAUGGAGUUAGAACUACUAAUAUCCCCGAAUUCCUUGAGAAUCCAACGACCAGUGGAACGAGUGGGCGAUCAACUGGAAUUGCAGUUGCAAUGCUCCCAGGAGCCCAUCUCCAUGGAUGACAUACCUGAGCCCAUUAAAGUCCUCGACGACAUCAUUUCGGAGUUCGAGGAGGCAGCAACGAAACCGGUGGCCUUGCAUAGCAACAGUGGCGAGAAUCAGUCCGAGGACGACGGCUACAUGAGUCUCAGCCGCAAGAACAUGUCCAAAAAGGAUUCCGAGGAUGUGCCACAGACACCCAGCACCGACACCGUGCCCGAGGGCAGUUUCAAUGAGGUGGAUGGCACGGCCGAGAACCUAACCAAAUUAUCUGAGGUGGAGCACGGCCAGGAAACGACUACGCCACUCAUACAGACGACGCUGCCAAAGGCACGGAGCGCCAACUCGACUCCGGCCACCAACUCGAACUACUCAAGUUUGCCGUGCUGCGGGGCCAGGGCGUCCAACUUGGGCGGUGCUUCCGUUGGCCAUUCCUCAAGUGGAUUGGCAGCCAUCCGGCACCCGGGCAGCUGCAACGGCGAGCGCAAUGCACUGGGCAUCGACAUCAGUGCCGUGCACAAUGCCGUGCUUAGGGGUAACCUGGCCAAAUUGCCGGAGCCCAUCGUCAAUGAACAUCCGGUGACCAUCUAUCCGGGGCCCUCGUCCAAGGCAUCGGGCGGUGGUGAGGGGAACCGUGGCAAACGACUGCUCAGUUCGGUGGAGAAGCACAAAGAGGUGUGCCACAUGCUCAACCCGCAAUCGAGUAGCUCGGCGAGCUCCUCAUCCGGAUCACAGCACACGUCCAGUGGCGAGGCAUCACCAGCUGCCUCGCAUGUCAAUGUGGCCACUUCCAAGUCGCUUGGCAGGCAGGAGGACUACUCGGAGGAUUCACUGGAGGAGUCCACCAUCUCCACGGAUCUCACGCCCGUCAAGCAGAACGGUGUCGCCUGGGAGAUUCACUUCAAGAGCAACAAAAAGAAAUCCGGAGGCUCAAAGAAAGCCACAGGUGCUGCCUCUAAAAAGCAGCAAUCACGUACCGGAAAUCUGGACGACUUCAACAAUAGCUUUGUGUACAACGAGCAGAGCAUGCUGGGCAAGGGAACCUUCAUCAUCCGCCGUUCCACCGCCAAGAAGCCGCCGCGUGCCGCCGAUGUGUUCAGCAUACCGAAGCCACCGCGUCCGUCGCUGGGCGAUAGAUCUCUACCCGGAUCCGGCAUAGUUGGAGGAGCCGGAGCCAUCAGUAAUGAGUUCUAUACCAGCGACAGCGAGCAGAGCGAUGCCGCUCCAGUCCCAGUUAACCUUCCGCCACCACCGGCCCCGGUCGAGAUGAACUUCGUCUACAAGGAGUGUGAGGCGAAUGCUCUUCACACACGCCGGGGCUUGGAGAUGGCCGCCGCCCAGCGGGCUGCUCUCUCCUUGGACAUUGCCGAGGCACCUGACCAACUGGGCCUCGGCAAGCCGGUGAAGAGCAAAACGGCAAUGCUCACCGAGAAGCGACUCAGUGCCGAGUCCAUGCCGGACAAUACCUCCAGCAGUGAGGAGUUCGACGAGGCGCGUCUGAAUGGGAACGGCAGCUACGACCUUUAUGCCUACAAUGGUAAUGAUCUGCGGGUUUCCAACGCCACUACACCCCACACCGAUCUGGCUCCCACUCUCGAGGAGGACGAGGAGUCCGACUUCAGCUACGGGUGUGGUCCGCUCAAGCAGAUCGAGCACAACAUCAGCGCCUUGCUGCGUGGAGACAUUCCCAUUGUCGGCCAACCGCCGUGCAGUAAUGGAGCCAUUGCAGCAGGUGGACCUGCUGCUGCUCCGGGAUCUGCUUCAGCAGCUGCCACAGCUGCGGAGUUACAUGCCAAACGGGUGCUGGAGUUCCGGCCCGGUGUCCACAAGUCCGAAAGCGCCAAGGAGAUGUUGCUGUCCCAGAUGCCAAGCUUUGGGCCGUUGCCUCCAUCGCCCCCCAGCUCCAAUCCAGAUCUGUUCGACUACGAUGCUCCGCUUCCGCCAUCGCCUGUGGAGCCGCGAAAGCAAUUGGAACUGCCGGCUAAUGCCCCGCCGCCGAACCGCGGGACUACCGUGGUGGAGGUUCAUGCCACCGCCUCGGGAGCAGCCGUGCAUAGCAGCAACAGCCAUACUCGCCGCAGCCGGGACAACGUGGCUGCCGUGCGGCACUUUAACGAUGAGCUGCCACCACCGCCGGCUCCAACCCAUCAGUCGGCCAGCUUUGCGGAGGGUUUACCCGGUCCACCGGUGGUUCCGCCACAUCGGGCGACCGGCGGUCACUCGGCGAAUACCAUGAAGUCUUGGAGCAUCGAUUCGCAGUACCGCAAACGAUCGCCCAAACUGUUUGGACACUAUAGUAGCGGUGGUGGCAGCGGGAUCACCACGCCCACUGGCCUGGGGCCGAUGCCGCCACUACCCCCGCCUCCCGUCGAUGGUAUGGCCUGUGGAUCCGGGUCGUACCAGCGGCGUUACAUCAAUUACGGCACCAAGCGCAGCCUGAAGCAGUCGCCGCGCGAGGAGCACCGCCUGCAAACCUCAUGUAGUCUUCCUGAAACGCCAAUUUUUGCCAGAGGCUGUGACAUACCACGUACGCCAUAUCGACGCCAAAACGAACCGCUGCCUGUGGUUAGCGGAGUGCGCACAGCGCCCAGAUCGAGCACAUCGAAUAGCAUCAACAUGGGCACUUCCAUUUUGGGCAUAGGAGCUGGGAACUAUGGAACUGCCCAAAUCUGUCGCCAGCGGUCGAUCAACCAUGCCUUGGCCUCCAACGAAAUGCUACGGAUGACCGGAGCCCCAGCUCGUGGGUGGUACCCCAAGCAGAGGGGAAUGCGUCCGGCCUCAACCGAGAACAUCGAUAGAUUGGCUUCCGUUCGAGUGUGGGACAAUCCGGCCGGCAUGUCCGGCACAGGACAAUCCCGUAAACCGCUAACAUUGCCGCCAAAUCUCACGCCUUCCUUCUUAAAUAAGUCACCUCGAGAGGCACUGCGACGAGUAACCAGUCUACUGAUUACCAAAAAAAAGAACAACAAGGAGCGAAAGCACAAGGCCUAUUGCGAUCAACCCAUGGAUGACAGUAACAGCAAGCAUGCCUACGAAUUCGAAACAGGUUCCACCAAGCGAAAGGAUAGCAAUCGCAAGGAUAAUGGAGCCUCUGGCGGAACCACCACCACCACCACCACUAAAACCAAAAAGAAGGGUCUCUUCAAAUCCUUCUGGAAACGCACGAAAACCGCCUCGCUGGAUCAAUAGAGAAACAUCGUAUGGCGAGCCAAAGCACUGCCCCAUUUUUACGUUCACCAAAUACCAGCAUAUGGAUAGCAUCGAAAAUGAUAAUAACCCAAGCACAUUAAACACAACACAUACACCCCACAACGUAGUUAUUGGGUCGCAAGUUAAGAGUUUAUCGUUGCACCCACCCACCCACUGACUCACUCACCUGCUCAUCCGAUCAGCAAGUCUUUCUCACGCUUGUGUUCGUUUGUUCGUUCACCUUGGACACAAUUGAAGCAAUUUUGUAAACACAUCGUAUCGUAUAUCGGUCAUAUAGUAAUGAGUAAAACUGAAUAAUUCAAAUGCACAAAAGCCGUGAAUCGUAAAGACUGAAAAUGAAUAAAAAAAAAUAUAUAAAAAAAGACCCGAAACAAAGGAAAAAUGUUAACGUAAACGAAAAUAUUAUGGAAACAAUGAAAUUUAAAUUGAAACAUAUGCAAACGGUAUUUCACAUUCAUAAGCAGCUAGAUGGAUCGUGCGGCUAUAUAUUCGUACGAUUACACAUCCCAUACCCAUACCCAUACCCCAGACCUUGAACUUGCCAUAAAUCGAAAAUGAAUUUCAAAUAUUACACGGCCGUUAAACCAGAAACAGAGAACACAAAAAUACAAACCGAAUAAGCACGCAACGAUGGGCUAAGAAAGAAAUUUACAAUUUAUACAAGCACUGAAUUUAUAUAUACGUAUAUGGGUAUGAUCGCUAUAUACAUAGUUUGGACUAUAACUGAACCGAUAGGGUUCUAGACACCAUUACUUACUUUACGACAAUGACAAAGUUUGAUACUUUUGAGCUCUUUUUGUGAGAAAUUACUAACGAUAUGUUAUUGAAAUCAUGUCUAUUGGGAGUUUUGGAAUAGCAGGUAGACGGUGUACGGGCAGGUUGCAAUUAUAGAGGGGGUUUUGUUCGAUUCCAUUGGCCCAGCCUGCCAACAACCAUCCAACAAGUUAUACAUUCGAGACACAAUAAGGAAGAAAAUACUUAAAAUGAGACAAAAACGAAUAUAAUACGCAUUUAAUUUCCAAAAGAAAAACUGAAAAAGAAUGAAGUUAAGCCCUCCACAUUUCAAAGAAUGUUUGAUAAUAAUAACGAAAAAACCAAACAUAAUUUAAAAUAUUAAAAUAAAAGCAAGAUCAGUGUGCUCAAGACGAUUUUACCAGAGAAAGCAUUUCUCAGAUUUUGAGCAAAAAGAAUUUUUUGGCUAGCUGGAAGUGGAAACUGCAAUAAGAGAGACAGGAAACAAGAAAACCGUAAACGUUUACUAGUCAUUAAAUAUUAAAAAAUAAACUGAGAACUUAUAUAUAGAUAUAUAUAUAUGGGAGAUAACAUAUUUUUUAUUAACACUCUCACUGAGAAGCCAAUCGAAUGGCAGCAGCAUUUUAUAAGCAGGAGCUGGCCCCCCUUCCCCCAGAGCAAGUUGAAAGUAUUAUUAACGAAUUAUAUUAUAUGCUAUAGCAAGUUGGUAUUUAUUAUAAUUAUGAUAUAUGUACAUUUAUUUGAAUUAACAUUACUGAAUAUAUUUUUUAGAAAAGUAGCUUGAAACGGGAUAAAAUGAUUAAAAAAAAUAUAUAAAACAAAACAGAUAUAAUCCAUGGCCCUUGUGUACUUUUUAUAUAGAUAUAUCUAUAAUAUUUGGAUCCUUUGGCGAAGGAGUAGCCUAAAUGGUGACAGAUCAUAAAUAUUUAUUUUUUAACAUUCGAGAAGUGAAAAUAAAGUCGUAUUUCCCAUAAUUGAAAGGCCAAUGAAGCUAGUAACUACUCAACUAUAAUCUGUUUCUCACCUAUCUAAAGCCAAAAAAAAAAAACAACUCGAGCAAUUUCGGAAAAAAUAUUCCCAGUAAAAGAUUUUUGGAGUAAUCAUAAUUAAAAUUAUACCAAUUCAAAUGACAAAUUACAAUAACAAUGAAGACAGAUAAACGAAAUGGAAAUUAAAUAUAAAAGUCACAUCAUAGCAAACACACGCAACUGCAAAAAUGGAAAACAAUAUAUAAUUUUUUAAAAUAAUGAAAAGAAAACUAAAUCAUAAUUUUUAAUAUUGAAAUUUAACAAUUGUAUAUGAGGGUAAAUGAAAUGAAAUAAAAAGAAUAGCAUGGAAUUCAUUUUGAAAAAUAUAAAAACAACUUUUUAUUAAAAGAACUAUAAUCCUUUUAAGGCAGAAAUAAAUUACCAUUUGGGCUAUCCAUCUUUUCAGCCAUCCAUUCCGUAUUUGAAAGGAAACAGAUCAGAAUUUACAUUGGUAAGAAUUCUUUCGCAGAAUAUUUGCUAUUUGUGUUUAUUAUACAUUCUCUCCAGCGAUUCUGCUUUGUGCGUGUGCGCAUAAAACCAGAUAAAUAUACAUUACACAAAAGGAAUAUAUCUACAAAUAUAAUGGACGCACGCAUUAAAUCAAAACGGGGAAACUAACUAAACUAAAUUAAAAGUAUCAGUAACAGCGUUCGUUCGUUCGACGCACAUCUUUUCAUUACAGAUCAUAAAGCGAGAAACUAAUCAGAACUAAAAUUUUUUUCUUUUUCUUCAAUGUUUUGUGUUGCUUUUAAG